CAUGGGUAUUGUAGUGUAUUUAACGUCGUCGCGACAGACUGUUGGCUUUACGGCAUCAGUUGGACUACAAACACGCUGACCUUCCAGCUAGCAUGGCAGCCCGGGCGCUCACGAGAGGGCUGUGGGGGUUACAGUCACGGGCUGUGGCAGUGGGAUACUCGGGUGGAGGUCCUCGCUAUGCCACUGCGCCCUCCAUUGAAGUACCCCAGCCUCAAGCUGACGAUGUGACAGAAAUGAUCUUGAAGAAACCGCUUGAGAAGAAGGACUUUUUCCGCGUGUCCGAGCUCUUCACGGUGAAGGAUUUGUUUGACGCCAGGGUGCAUCUAGGACACAAGAAAGGCUGCAGGCACAGGCUCAUGGAGCCGUAUCUCUACGGCUGCCGUUUGGAUCACGACAUAAUCGACCUGGACCAGACUGUGGAGCACCUUCAGCUGGCCCUCAACUUCACUGCCCACGUCGCCUAUCGCGGAGGCAUCAUCCUGUUUGUCAGUCGCCGCCGUCAGUUUUGCCACCUUGUGGAGAGAACGGCAAAGGACUGCGGGGAGUAUGCGCACACGCGCUACUGGCAGGGCGGCCUCCUCACCAACGCCAACAUCCAGUACAGCCCCGGGGUGCGCCUGCCGGACCUCAUCAUCUUCCUCUCAACGCUCAACAAUGUGUUUCAGCAGCACGUAGGGAUCAGAGAUGCAGCCAAGAUGAACAUACCCACGGUGGGCGUGGUGGACUCAAACUGCAACCCCAGCUUGGUGACGUACCCCAUCCCCGGGAAUGACGACACUCCGGUGGCGAUGGAGCUUUACUGCCGCUUACUGAAGAUGACAAUCACCCGAGCCAAAGACAAACGGAGGCAGAUGGAGAUCCUCCACGGCCUCUCGGCAGCUCCCGGACAGACCUCAUGACCACAUAUUCGUGAAAGAGAGACAAUGAAAGAGCGUUUUAAUGUCAAGACUUUGUCCUUAUUACCACUCAUCUAGAUCUGGAAACAAAAACCUGGUCUGGGGAGGUUGUGUGAAGUUCAGUCAUGAAUAAAUCUGGGUUCUGUCACAUUAGGUUUUCUGGUUUUUAUUUAAUAUAUUUUUAUUUCACACCUGUAAAUUGUGGACGUAGUGCGUUACAGCAAAGUUAUGAGUUUUAUAUACCUGUGAUAUAACAGCAACUUUCUUUACAUACCCCACAGUUACAGUCACUCCAAACAUUUCAAUUUCAGAACUAUUUCAUGUUGAGUGACUCAGAUUAUUAACAUGAUCCAACAUCGUCUGUCUCAAUCUGAUUUAAAUUCAGUUUUCUUGUCAUGCAGUCUGUUUUGAGAUGUUUCCAAAUUCUGAAACACUGCUUGAAAAGACAAUUAUUAAAUAAAAUCAUUUAUAACUGACUGGAAAUGAGGUUUUUGAGUCAUUAAACAUCCCACAUUUGAUCCAGAGAAUGGUUUGGCUUAUUUUCUUAAUUAAAUAUCCUUACUAGUUAGUAACAGAUCUACCGUAUCUGAAGUUGACUUGGGCAGUAAAAUUGUCUUCUGUGGAAUGAAACGAUUGACAGCCAAGCUCGCUUGAAUAAAUAUGGCUAUUUGCCUGUUUUAAAUAUGUUCAUACUCCUGACAAAUCAUGCAAAACAGAAUGAAACACCUGUGAAAUCCAGUGCAGAAGGUCACAAACCCUUGUGAAGCCAUCUAAAUAGUCACGGAGAAGAGUGAACCUACAAUGGAGGCAUUGUGAGGAUCCAGUUUAUGUAAAUUAAGGAAUUUAAAUAAGAAAUUUAUUCACACAUGCAAAAAAUGG